AUGUCUUCAUCUACCGCUCUCCUUCCAAAUGGAAGUAGUAAGAAGAAUGAUCACCCUAUCUUCCUCCGUGCUUGUCACUCUCCAUGGAUUAACAUUUCUCAGAAAUGCCUUGUCUAUCUCAGAGGAGCCCUCGCAGCCUACUUUCUGAUCUCUUCGCUUGUCAUCCUUCAUUACGAGCUUGAAAUCCUCAAAAAUGGCUGGUUGGUUGUUUAUAAACUUUCAAAUAUCGUGUAUGGCUUUCAAACUCUAUACGCCUGGGUUGCCUUUAUUUGGACCUUCAUGCACCUUUACUACCCACACAACAAUGACAAUAAUUCUUCAUCGCUCUCUGGCUACAUGCGAAAAUUUCUCUCACCAUCUCGUAAAAACACCAACACCAACGGGAAGUACCUAUUUAGUGUCUUUUAUUGGGUUAUCCUUGCUUUCCCUCACGUCGUUACCUUCAUCCACUGGGCAGUUGUCGUCCCUCGAAGCCAGACAGAAAUUCCAGGAGACACAAUCUUUAAUGAUAAGCUCACGACUUACUUCAUCUUCAGCAAGCACGGUCUUAAUUCCGUUGCUGCUUUGAUCGAGCUCUUCAUCCUCAGCAGCAUAAAGAGAUCUGACGUAGGUUUUUCUGACUCUAUCUCUCUUAUUCUACUAAAUAUGUUCAAGCCUGUUUGGAACCAUGUUACUGCCAUCGCUGUACUUCUUCUUGCAUAUGUUGGCUGGGCAGCUGUCGGCAACUCCUAUGUCGGAAAAUACACAUACUUUUUCCUUGAUCAUGAGAAGUUAGGAUGGGAGUAUUACUGGGCAUCUGUUGCUGCUUUAGUUGUCCUCGGUGAACUCUUCUUCGUCUUCGUAUAUUCCCUCACAGGUGUUCGCGAGUCCAUGACUAAGAAACAAAGCGACGACAGGAGCACAGGUUAUCAGAGAUUGCCUCAGUAG